UUUUGUCAACUACAUGGAUAUUUAAAUGAGCUUAAAGAACUUGAUGACAAAAUAUUAUCUAAACAGCUUGAACAAUUUAUAGUUGAAGUUUCCUUUGAAAAUACAAGAACCAUUAAUUUAUUUGAUAAGCAACAAUUUAAAAAUUUGCAUAGAACAUUGGAUGGUCAUAUGAAAUCAAUUGUUGAAAAAGGAUAUAAAAAUCAUAAACAAUCAAAUCCCUUAGAGACUGAUGAAAUAAAGUUAUUGCUUGACUCACUUGCAACAUCAAUUAAUGAUCCUAAAGGUUUUAUACAAUGGGUUUGGCUUUGGUUGUCAUUACUAUGCUGCUUAAGAGGUAAUAAUGCUAAACAUUUAAAAGCUUCUUGUCUUAAAGAAUUAGAGAAUAGCAGAAUGCAACUUGGAUUAUCUAAGGAAAAAAAUAAUGCAGAUGGUAUUAAGAAUCCAUAUACUAUAGCAGAUUCUAGUUCUAUACCUGCCAACAUUCCUGAAAAUAUAUAUACACCAGUCGCAAAUAUUAAAAAGUACUUAACCAAACGUCUAAAUAAUACAGAGGAUGAUUUUUUUUUUGUUACACUAAAUACACCUAAAAAAAUUUAUCUUGAUGAAUGGUAUUUACCUGCUAAAUUAGGAAAAGAAUCACAUAAUACAAUAAUGUAUUCAAUAUGUAAAGAUACAAAAUUGGAUUUUAAAAGUAAUACAAUUACAAAUCAUUUAAUGCAUUCAAUAGGUAUUCAUAAUCUUGUAGAAUCUGGUCAUAAAACUAUUGCUGGUAUAUCUGCUUAUAAACAUCAAUCCCUAAAGUACAAGCUGGACAAUGUAUUUCAUUUAAUUCCAGUUGAAGAA